AUGAACCCCUUAUCCAUCCUACACAGCACCAGGACCCCUCAUUCAUCCCUACAGUCACCAGGACCCCUUAUCCAUCCUACAGUACGAGACCCCCUUAUCCAUCCUACACAGUUCCAGGACCCCCUUAUCCAUCCUACACAGUACCAGGACCCCAUCCAUCCUACACAGUUCCAGGACCCCAUCCAUCCUACACUACCAGGACCUCCUUAUCCAUCUACACAGUUCCAGGACCCCCUUAUCCAUCCUACACAGCAUACCAGGAUCCCUUAUCCAUCCUACACAGUUCCAGGACCCCUUAUCCAUCCUACACAGUACCAGGACCUCCUUAUCCAUCCUACACAGUUCCAGGACCCCUUAUCCAUCCUACACAGUUCCAGGACCCCUUAUCCAUCCUACACAGUACCAGGAUCCCCUUACUCUCCUACACAGUACAGGACCCCUUAUCCAUCCUACACAGUACCAGGACCCCCUUAUCCAUCCUACACAGUUCAGGACCCCUUAUCCAUCCUACACAGUACCAGGACCCCUUAUCCAUCCUACACAGUUCAGGACCCCUUAUCCAUCCUACACGCAGUACCAGGACCUCCUUAUCCAUCCUACACAGUUCAGGACCCUUAUCCAUCCUACACAGUUCCAGGACCUUAUCCAUCUACAGUACCAGGACCUCCUCAUUCCUACACAGUACCAGGACCCCUUAUCCAUCCUACACAGUUCAGGACCCCCUUAUCCAUCCUACACAGUUCCAGGACCCCUUAUCCAUCCAACACAGCACCAGGAUCCCCUCCAUCCUACACAGUUCAGGACAUCCAUCCUACACACAGUUCCAGGACCCCUUAUCCAUCCUACACAGUUCAGGACCCCUUAUCCAUCUACACAGUACCAGGACCUCUUAUCCAUCCACACAGCACCAGAACCUCCUUAUCCAUCCUACACACAGUGCAGGACCCCUUUAUCCAUCCUACACAGCACCUCCUCCAUCUACACAGUACCAGGACCCCUUAUCCAUCCCACACAGCACCAGAACCUCCUUAUCCAUCCUACACAGCACCAGGACCCCUUAUCCAUCCUACACAGCACCAGGAUCCCCUUAUCCAUCCUACACAGUUCCAGGACCCCUUAUCCAUCCCUACACAGUUCCAGGACCCCUUAUCCAUCCUACACACACAGUACCAGGACCCCUUAUCCAUCCCACAACAGUGUUCUCAGGCCUCUACCGUCAUGUAUAUCGACCUACAGGUGUUCUCAGGCCUCUAG